AAUGACGAAGGGUGUUGAAAAAGCUACAAAGUUCAUCAUACUUCACUAUUCACCAUUCAAAGCCGUAUGGGAUUGGAUUGUUCUACUAUUAGUCGUUUAUACGGCAGUGUUUACUCCUUAUUUUGCCGCCUUCCUUCUAAAUGAAGACGAGACUCGAAUGAAACUUAAUUCGGAUUCUAUAACUCGUAAAAUCAAUGCCGCCACGAAACAAGCCGAUCCCCUAGUUAUAAUCGAUUUGAUUGUCGAUGUUAUCUUUAUCUCAGAUAUAUUUAUUAACUUCCGAACUACAUUUGUUAGGGAUGGUGAAGUUAUAUCGAAUGCAAGAAAAAUUGCUCUUAACUACGCCAAGGGUUGGUUUAUUAUUGAUGCAGCAGCGGCUAUACCUUUCGAUCUUUUACUGUUUGGCAGUGGAACCUCGGAUACGAUGACCAUAACAGGCAUAUUGAAAACAGUCAGACUAAUCCGAUUGCUGCGUGUCGUUAGGAAGAUUGAUCAGUAUUUAGAAUAUGGAGCCGCGAUGUUAUUUCUUUUAAUGGCUACUUUUACCCUUAUAGCACAUUGGUUAGCUUGUAUCUUUUACGCAAUUGCUUUUUUUGAACAACCAACUUUGAAUGCACCGAUAGGCUGGCUUGAUAGAUUGCCAAACGUUUCAUCUAUUUCCAGUUCGUCAGACAUCCGAACACGAUAUAUAACGGCACUGUAUUUUACUUUUACAAGUCUAACUUCUGUUGGCUUUGGUAAUGUCGCUCCUAAUACAAAUGCAGAAAAGAUAUUCUCGGUGUUUGCCAUGCUCUUGGGCUCGUUAAUGAGUGCCGCUAUCUUUGGUAAUGUUUCUAGUAUUAUGCUACGUCUAUAUCAAGGAACGGAGGAGUAUCGUGAAAUGAGGACAUGCAUUAAGGAAUUUAUCCAUUUUCAUCACAUACCUAAAAAAUUAGCAAAAAGGCUAAUGGACGCUUAUCAACACACUUGGACUUAUACUAAUGGUGUCGAUAUGAAUAGCGUGCUAAAGAACUUCCCUGAUUGUCUACAAGCCGAUAUUUGUUUGCAUCUGAAUCGAAACUUAUUGAAUAAUUGUUCCGCGUUUGCCGACGCCUCGCCAGGAUGUUUACGCGCUCUCUCGCUAAAGUUUAAAUCAAGUCAUGCGCCAGCCGGCGAUACUCUUAUACAUCCAGGUGAUAUUCUAGAGUCUAUCUAUUUCAUUGCAAGGGGCUCCAUAGAGAUUCUUAAAGAUCAGCAGGUAGUCGUUAUCCUUGGAAAAGACGACAUGUUUGGGGAAAACUUGACUGAAGAGAUUACAAUAUCAAAAUCGAACUUUUGCGUUAGAGCGUUAACGUACUGUGAUCUCCAUAAAAUACGUCUGCAAGAUUUAAGAGAAAUUCUAAGGGUUUAUCCAGAAUUCGAAGGGAAUUUCUUGAAAGACUUCCGCGUUACCUUUGAUUUAACUCAGAACACUCCAGAGAUUGAAGAGAAGAGAUUUAAACCUAUAGACGGAAUAGUCGAUAGAAAAUCGGAUACUGACGUUGAUGCUACUCAACAAGUGGAAGACGACGAAGGAAACUGCAAAAAAGAUAAAAGAAAACAGUCGGACGGACAAGAAACAGAAGCCGAAAGGGAUAGUGAGGAUGAAGAGGAAUUAAAAGAAGAUGAAGAAGGAAAUAGAGAGAAUUCUAUACCAAAACCGUUAUUGGCAAUAGAUGAUCGCCUUAAUUCACUUUCAGUUAGGAUGAAGAGUUUGGAGCAGAAUUUAUUCUAUACAGUUGACAACAUUCUAUAUUUAUUGGGAGAAGAACCCAGAAUAUCUUCCGACUAUUCCAUUGAGAGACAACAGUGA